GGCGGGGCGGGCGGGGGGGGGGGCGGUCAGACUGUCUUCUCCCUUCCAGUGAACAGCCACUUCCUCCCACUGGCUCCAGCCCCAACCUCCUCCCCCAAGGCUUAGGGGCAAGUCUGCACGUCCCCUUAUCUGCUUCCAGGGGAUUUGGGUCCUGCUGGCACUUUUUUCCCAGCCUGAUGACCUUCCUCAGGAGGAGGAAGUUUCCUUAAAGGCCACCUGCCCGGCUGGUCAUCAGACUAUGUCACCUUCAGCAGCGGCCUGGGCUCCCAGCCCCCUUUUAGGGUGUGGGGGUAGAAUUCCGUGGACCAAGAGGGUUGGCGUGGAGACAGGGAAGCAGGUACACUUCUUACACCUCCAGGCUGCUCCCCUGUCCCCCUGGCUCCCUCCUUCCCCAGCUUUAGGGUACCCGGGUGAGGAAGAAGAAUGGGAUGAGGAGAGGAUUCAGAUCAAGCCCCGGACACAAGGCCUUCUGCCGUUGCUGGGAAGGAUUUCCUUGUGGGCAGGAAUCCUUUUCCCCUUUUAACGCGCCGGUACUCGCCCCGAGGCGCGCAGGUGGGAGCGCCGGGACACCCGAGCGCGGGCCCCCUCUGCCCACGGACGGCACGUGGGCUUCAUUUCCUUCCGCGCUCCCGUGCAGGCCCCCGCCCCGCGCGCGGCUUCACUUCGGCGGCAGGAAGACAGAGCGGGCGUGGGAACCGGGGGCCGGCUGACCCGGCGCCUGGAGCCGCACGGCAUAACCAGGCCGGGGCACGGCGCUGCCCGGGCCCCAAGGGCUGCGGACGGCGACCUUCAUCCCCGCCCUGCCAGCGCGGGGGGCUGCCCAGCCCUCGCCUCGCUGCCCCUCCCGGCGCCCCGCCUCCGCCCCGCCCCCGCCCCUGCCACCUGCGCCCCGCCCCGCCCCUUCCCCCGUCCCCGCCGCGGGGAGUGUCCGGGGGCCGCGCGCACGGGGUCUGGCCGCGCCCGCUCAGCCGCCCGCCCGACGGCUGAGUCCGGAUCGCUCGGUCCGGCUGCGGUGGCCGCGGCUGGGACGCCGCGUCGGGGCCGGGAGCGGGGCCAUGCUGAGCCGGCGGCGCGUCUUCGCCGUGGAGCCGCUCGGCGGCCGGGGUGAGUUGCCCACCCUCAGGCCGGCAGGGUCCUCCGGCCCUGGAGCCGACCUCGGCGCCUGGGCCCCUGUUUGCGCUCCCCGGCACACCCGGCACGCCUGCCCGAGGCGUCCUCCUCGCCCCCUCCCUUUGGAGGGCCGUCAUUGUGCCUUGCACAUUGAGGACCCUUUGGUCUUUGGCGUUAAACCAGCCACCACCUCCAUCCUGCUUUCUCCGGGUCCACUUCCCUCUAAUUCCUGAUCUGGAUGCUUCUCCGCCCGGCCUCUGCCACAGUUAGUAGCCGCGAAAAGCCCCCUCCAUGGCGGCGGACCCCUUUCCGAAGGAGCCACGCAGGGGGCCUUCCUGGUCGACUCCCUUGCCCAGAGGGGCCUGGUUUGCAUCCAGCGUUCCCGCGUGGCCCACUCUGAGACGUAGGCGGCCUUCCAUCCUCUCUCCUCAGUUUUCGCAUCAGUACAGUUGGGGCACCCAGAGCGCAGGGGGCCUGGCACAGAGGUGACGGCAGAUGGGCGGUAGCUGCUUCUCCUACCCCAUAGUUCCCUUUCUUCCGUUUAAGUUGUUUCUUUUCAAUCUGCACAAAAUCUUCCUUGUUUCUCACUUAAAAGAUCAAAAGCUCCAAUGGUUAUAGCUGUUGUCUCUGUGUUACCCUCCCCCAGAAGCUCCGGAGAGACUUCAUCUUGCAUCCUGAUGGCAGUUUGGACCCCAGGCUUCCUUCUUUGUGCCCCUCACCCUCUCCCUGAGGAGCAGCACAGUCACAUUCCCCUUUGGGGAGCAGCCGAAGAGGCUGCAGCUCCCCACCUAUGACUUGGAGGCCUCAGGCCCACCCCAGGAGUGGGAGUACAAGGGCUCCCUGGGGAAAGCCCUUAUGCCCUCAGGAAGCCAGGCCGUUGAAGGAGCUGAUGAAUGUGACGGCAAGGCUUUGCCUACCACAGCCUAUGUCAUGGGUUUGUGAUUGCUAACAAUUACUGUUGUAAAGGGAACUCCAUCCUAAUGUGUCCGCCAGGGUUCCAGAGAGAUCUGGGCAGGGCUGUACCUGUCUGGUCUCCUCCCUUUACCUCUGGCCCAGGACACUCCUCCCUGGGGAAUGCUGCCAGCUACCAGGAAUGCUGGGGGCGUGGGGGCAGUCUGCCCAGCCUGAUACUGACUCUCUUUGCAGAUGGGGCUGGUGAGGACCUGGCACACGGUUGUGUAGUGCCCGGAGUCACCAGCACCUACAGACGGAUCCCGGACGCUGCUCGAGGGUGCCCGUCAGACUCUUGGACCAGGGGUGGAGAGCUGAGAAGUCUCGGGAGGCAGAUUCCUCUUCUCAAGCUGGCCUCCUGGGACUCAGGAAUGGAGAUGGUGGUUGGGGACAGCCCGUUGGCCCCCUCCCCAGGCCUUCCUCAGGACUCUCUGGCCCUUGAGCCCGUGGGGAGCCCGGAGCCCCUGGCUCUUGCUGCUCUCGUACCUCCUGCCCACCUGGGCCAGCUCUUAGCCAGCUGUAAGCUGGAGCAGGUGCUGGAGCGGUCCCGCCAUCUCCGGACUUCCCCUGCCAGCUUGUCACAACACCACCGCUCCCCAAAGCCACCAGGCAAGCCUGGGUGUGAAAUGCUCCUUUUUGGAGCAGGGGAACAGCAGGCCACUGAGGCAGAAGCUGGCUUAGGGGCAGGCCUGGAGGAAGCAGAGGUGGUGGGGGGCUCAGGGCCUGGAGCCUGGGCCUGCCUUCCAGGACAGGGUCUUCACUACCUGGAACACCUGUGCCAGGUGCUGGAGCAGAUGGCCAGGCUCCAGCAGCUCCACUUGCAGCUGCAGACCCAGAGGCCCCUUGGGGAUCCUGAAGAGGAGGAAUGGCCGGUCCUGACCUCGUCAGUGCCACCCUCUCGUGCCCCAGGCAAUGAUGCGAGCGGGCCAUGGGAGCUGCUCAGCCAGACAGAGGAUACAGGGGCAAAAACAGCUUCACCCCCUAAGGUAGGAGUGUCCAGCGUCAACCCUCCCAGGCUGUCAGAGGCCCCAGCAGAGCCAGCUCACUCCUUUUCAUCCUCACAGGGACACAAGCGGGAUCUCUCCCACUGGAACAAGGUCAAGGUCCUGCUCAACCGGAUCCACCGGAGGAGCCCUCGACACCCUGAGCCCCCUGCCUCUCCUGCUCGCCCUGCCCCCAGGACUGAGUUGAGACACCUCCCUGCAAGGCCUCCUUGCCACCCGCUCCGGAAGACCUUUAUGCCAUCAUUAGUUGUUAAGAAGCAGCGAGCAAAAAACCUGUCUGCCUGCUGAGACCUCCUGGCGCAGGGACGUGACCCUGGGUGGAGGGGUGUGCAGUGAAGUCUUGCCCUUUUCCCUAUCGCUGCUUCUGGGCACUGGCAGGAAAAGCUGCCGACGUUCGCCCUUUUCUCUGAGGCAAGGGCUGAGUCUCUCCUUUGAGCAGCUUGGCAGAGGAGCCUGGUUCCCUGAGAGGCCCCAAGGUGCUGUAGCUCCUCGGCUCCUCCCUGGUUGCCAGAAAUCCCUGGGCUUAGACAAUAUGGACCAACUUACUUAUCAGGUGUCCAUGGAGUGUGUUUGGUGUGGUGAUCUGUCAGGGUCCAGCGUGUUGCAGAUGUGUAUUUAUGCAAAAUGAUAUAUAUCUCUCUGUGAGACUGUCAGUGUUGUGAACUGGCUGGAUCUGUCUCUCCUGAAUCAUGCACUCAAAGGAUUGGUCUUCUGGGUGAGGUAACUGCAGAAGGAUGAAACUGACCUUCGUUCCUCAGUGGGCAGUUACUGAUCUGGAGUCCUGCUUUCCCCCUCAUAGCUGCAUGGGCAGCCCCAGGACAGAGAAGGGCACUAUCUUGGCUGCUUUUGCAUGGACUCUUGCCCACGGAGCAAGAGCUCCUGAAGACUGCACUAAGAAUGGAAGGGUCAGGGACAACAUGGGAAAGAGCAGAGUAGCCUUCACGGUUUGUUCUCAGCUGCUUGGCUCCACACUAGCCUUUACACAUUGGAGCUGAAACCAGAGGUCCAUACUAGCUUUUAGACCUUGACCAAAUCCCUUGACUUUUCUGAGCCGUAGCUUCCCACUUAAUCUCCCAAAUGGUAUAAUGGUGCCUGCCCCACCUGCCUCACAGGCUUAUGAAGAUAAAAUGAGAUUAAAUGUCACAAAGUG